AUGGCUGGUCUUUCAUUAGACCUCUCCCUCAGCCUACUCUCCUCUGCACCUUCCUCCUCUCCGGUCGAGGCCGUCACAAACCUACGGGAUUCUCUCUCCAGCCCGCGGAAGGCGAAGCGCCACUGCCAAAUAGAUCUUCGUCAGUCGCAACCGUCGCACGUCGUCGCGCUUCCCAUGAGGCACGUGCAGUCGCCGGGUCUGUCGCUAGCAAGCAGCCUUGACGCGGAGACCGUCACCGAGCCCGUCGCCGAGCCCGUCGCAGAAUCCGUCGCCGCGACGUCGCAGAGGGAUAACGUAAAUUCUUCCUUCCACCUUCUUGACUCAUCUCCCUCGUCGUCUCCCCCGUCUACCAGCUCCUUCUCACCCUCAUCCCGCGGUCCUUCCGCCUUCACCGCCCUCGCCUCCCUUGCGCACGCUCCGCCGUCCCACUGCAUGCCGGCGCUCACUCCGGCGCCUCCCUCCACUCCGCCGCCGCCGUCGCACCAGCACCGUGGUUGGUUCGGCUCCGCCAACCCCCCUGCAAGCUGCCCUCCCGCGAUCUGCCCUACUGCAAGCUACCCUCCCGCAUGUUGUCCUCCCGCCGCGGAAGCCGUCUGCGUGACUCGGCUAACGAUGCCGCCCUCCGCUUCUUCCUCCGCUCUUACCGCCCCGCAUCUGGCCACGUCACACUCUCAGCAGUCAACAGCUCCUGCGGCGCCAUAUGCACCAGUGAACCCCAGCGCGGAUUCGGGGGCCGCUGCAGGUCCCGUCGCGGCUCCAGCGCACCCGAUUGUCGCGGGAGCGGCACCGAUGGCUCCGACGGCGGCGCCGGCGCCACCGGCCGCUGCGCCGGGUCCGAAGAAAAGGAAGAGCAUGAAGGACCGGAAGUUCCGCGGAAUUCGCGAGCGUCUGUGGGGUCGCUGGGCCGCGGAGAUUCGGGAUCCCCGAACCAAGAAGCGGAUCUGGCUCGGUAGCUUCGACACUGCCGAGGCUGCAGCCCGAGCCUACGACGCAGCCAACCUCCGGCUUCGAGGAGCCAACGCCCGGACCAAUUUUCCCCAGCCCGAGCAGCUGGUUGCCUCGGAAAACAAUCCUGCCGCACCUCGCCAGAUCGAGGCUCUGCCGACUCCGAUGCUCGAGGAGCUAAGUCCAACUGCCGGAUCAAGCUCGGAUGGUGACGGCGAGAUCGUCGCGGGCGGGGAAUCGUCCGCGUUACAAGAGGAGGCGGAUGUGGUCGCAGCUGCGGAUAGCCUGUCUCUACUCGCCGCGGCGGCGCUUGCGGAAGAACCUGCUCCCGCGGCAGCGCCCGCUGCUGUGCCUGCACCCGCGUCUGCGCUUGCGCUCGCUCCUGCGCCUGCGCCUGCACCGUCAGGUCAGGCGGCUGUAGCACCAGCCGCGACAGCAGCUCCAGCGCCGGUGGCAGCUCCAGCUGCUGUGUCUCUCUCCCCUGCAGCUACGAUCGCUCCGCGUCCCACCCCUAUCGCGCCCGCUCCCGUUCAGUUCUCUCCGGGGCAGCCUGGGCCGUACCCGUUUGUGGCUGUUUCGCAGUGGCAGUACAACGCGCAACGCAACCCCCACCAGCAGUACAGCAACAACGUGCAGCAGUACCCGCGCGCGCAACAAUACCCCCACUCCCACUCCGCCCAGCCGUCCUACUACCAUUCGGCGCAAUCAGUGAAUGCUCGCUCCGCGCCUCACCAACAGCAGGCUGUAGCGGGAGCGCAGCCGGCGCUAGCCGUCCCAGCAACUUCCCCCUACCCCACCUUCCCCGGGUCCUGGGGACAUCCCAGCCAUCCCAGCGCAUCCGCCCAGUAUCAGCAGAGCCUGGCUCCGCUGUCCGCGUCCGCCUCCGCGCAACACGUGUCUCUCUCCGCGCCUGCGUCCGCCGCGCUGGCUGCUGCGGCAGCCGUGCCUUCGCACCGGUCUCAGGCGGCGUACCCUGUGUCGCAGCAUCCGCCUCCUCCCAACACAGGUGCUCCACGCACAGUGGUUGCACAGACAGUAGUCACUCCGCGUACUGUCACACCGCACACUGUCACAUCGCAUAAAGCGGCGCCUCUCAUGGGGCUGCUCCAGCUGCCCAAGUCUCUCACUGGACCAGUCCCAGCCGGCCAGCUGGCAAUGCCGGUGGCAGCAGCAAAGCCUGCUGCUGCUACUGCACAAGGAGCGGUUAUUGUGAAAGCAUUGCCAGGACCAGCAGCAAAGUCGACAGGAGCAGCAGCUGGAGUUGGAGCCAUGUGCACAUCUUUGGUUCCCCAGGAUCAGUCGCCGUGCACAUCUGUCCCUCCAUCGGCCUCUCUUCCUUCUCACUCAUCAAGCAGCAGUAGCUAUGCUGGAGGCUCGGGUGCGGAUCAGUGCACAGCUGCAUCUGCUGAUGGCACUGUUGCUGUUGUGGAUGCGUCCACUGCUGUGGCUGCUGCUGGAGCUGAUGGUGCUGCGCAGAGCGAGAAGAGCGCAAACAAGAAAGACGGCCGCACUCGGCUUUUCCGAGGUGUUCGCCAG